AUGUGGUCAAACUCCAGCAACAAAAUCAUUCUGCUGACAGCCUCGCUCAGCAUCUUCACCUCACGCCAUCAACGGAUGUCUGGACUUGAGAUAGGUGGCCCAGUCUUGGAGGCCUUCCCCCUUGUAAUCACGGCCAUUGAUGAAUGCAAGAAAGACCUGGAACUUCUUCGACUAUGGGAGACGAAGAACUACCGAAUGGAACUCGCGGCCAUACAGCUAGAAAUCGAGGUCCAGGGUACAAUUUUUCGCAACACAUAUUUGAGUCUAAUGCGGACAUUUCUGGACCCGCAGUCUACUCCGGUUGACCCCGGUAAUUUUACACGGCCAACAAACGCCGAAGAUGUAUUUUCUAAGAUCUCAUCCGCUCUUAAGCCUAUACGCUUUAGCUUCGGCAUCAAACAGCGACACGGCCUGCUGCACCAUAUCAAAGAAGCAAACAGUGCAUUCCAAACUCUGGUCGAACAACUACAUGCAUUGAGAGAUCUUACACAACCUCUAACUGCAAAUGCGCAGGUGAGCCGAUACCGGCAUCUGCGCAGUGAGAGCUCUGCGCUACUGAGCUUACUCAUAUCCCACUUCGAUUCCUGUACCACUGCCCAUACCCAUUCGUAUGGGUUUUACCUACGCUCGCUGCUCCGGGUUCCUGGCGGAGUAUAUAUACGGAGGCAAAGCAAUGGCUGCCGUCAAUAUAAGGUGUGGGUCGACUCGCAUCCUCGACCUGCGCUAGAGCCACCCGUUAUGUUGGAGGAAAGGGUGGUAUACACCCUUAAUACGUGCUCCAAGCGUAACUGCUGCCCUGGCUCAUUGUGCCAAAACAGCGGGCCCGUCGUUCGAACCCGGCCGCUCGCGACCCUCGAUAGUCGUAAAUUGCGCCUUAAGGAUCGGUCUACCAAAAUAGCCAGAAAUUUCGCAGGGCCGGUGUCUUCCCCUUCCACUACUGAACAGCAGCGUCUAAGCAAUGCACCAGAUAGUGGAGGGUCUACAACACGGUCCAGAUCUUUCGAAAGGCCUGUGUGUUUCCCUUCUACUAUUGAACAGCAGCAUCUAAGCAAUAUACCAGAUAGGGGAGCGGUCGGCGCUUUACCGAACAGUAACCGGCACUUUCAACUAACACAUGCUACUUUCCAUGUCGAAGAGCGCUACCCUUUGCCGACAGACAUGUCGUUGCAUACUAUCUUGUCGAGUGGCACGCGGUACCAGCAAUUCCCUGGCUACUUCUAUGAAUGGGAUCGAGUAAACAUCGCCGCAUUGGUUGCGUUGUCUGUAGUGUCCCUGCACAAUUCCAAUUGGCUAGACUCGUCGUUCUCUAGCAAUCAGGUGUUCUUCACUCUCUUCAAUGACAAUACCACCGGACCGCCAGCAACCUUUGGCAUAAGAAACCGCGCCCUUUACAACCUCGGUAUCAUGCUCUUAGAACUCGUAUUGAACGAAUCCCUGUCCUCCCUUCGUGUACCGGACUUGGGCGGCGCCCUCGAAACAGAAGACCAGGUUGCGUGGCGCCUGGAGCGAGAAGUGUGCGGAAAGGCGGGACCUGUGUGGGCGGACGUCGUAAGCAAGUGCUUACAUUGCCCAUUCAUGGGUAAUUCGCAGCUCUAUGACGACUCUUUUGCAUCUGCUGUGUACAUGAACAUUGUACAGCCUCUGCUGGGCAUGGUGGAUUUGCUGGAUGGACGGUUAGGCAGAUCCUUAUUUUCUUCCAUUGCUUAG